GGGACAAUUUAAUCUUCUCAAAUAUUCCUGAGAGAGUCGACGAAACCCCUAAUGUGACUGAGAACAUUUUACGAGAAUUUCUAGAAAAAGAACUGAAAAUGGAUACGGCUGAUGUGAGCAACAUUAAGUUUGACAGAGUACAUAGAAUGACGGGACGUAACAAACCCCGAGCAAUAGUGGCGAAGUUUAACAACUUUAAACAAAGGCAAGACGUCAAAUUCAGAUCCAGAGAACUGAAAGGUACAAACUUUUAUAUAAAUGAACAAUUUCCACCAGAAAUCAACGAACAAAGACGACAACUAAUUCACAUUGCGAAGGAGAAACAACGACAAGGACACAGGACACGUUUAGUGUACAAUAAACUGUACAUUGAUGGCGUUCCAUACAAACCACCUACCAACCCACGGAUCCAGGAACCGAUGAGAUAGGAAAUUGCGGGGGUCGGACAUUCAUUGCGUAUAGUCGCAUGGAAUGUAAACAGAAAUUUAGAGCAAAAGAUAUGUGACAGUGAUUUUUGCACAGUCAUAUCUGACUACGAUGUAAUAUUUUUAUCAGAAUGCUGGAUUCAACCUGGAACAGCUCUAAAGUGCGAUUGGUUAAACGACGAAUUUGAAUACAAAUGUUUUCCUAGACUGAAGGGUAAAGGCGGUGGCCUUGUGCUGUUAUACAGAAAAACACUUCGUAAGUUUGUAUCAAUUGUUAAAUGUGUUGAAGACACACUCAUAUGGUUAAGAGUAGAACAAAGAGAUCAUCCCGAUAUUUAUAUCUGUUUUGCGUAUAUACCUCAUGAUCAUAACGUUUACUACACAAAGUAUAAUUGCGAUUUAUUUGAUUGUAUCUUAAAUGAUAUGUCAAUUUUUACACAGAACGGCACUGUUGUUGUUGCCGGUGACUUAAACAGUAGAGUUGGUAAUUUACCUGAUUAUAUUGUAGAAGACUCUCUUGCUAUACCUAUUCAUGAUAUGCUGUCAAAUGUUUUUGAUUAUAACACCGAUUCGGUCAUGCCACAUCGAGUAUCAGAAGAUAUGAUGGUUAAUAGGUUUGGCAGAAAGCUUUUAGAAUUAUGUAAAUCUACUGGUUUAAGACUUUGUAAUGGUAGAACACCAGGUGAUGAAAAUGGUCAGUUAACUUUUUACAAUCACUUGGGUACAAGUGUUAUAGAUUACAUUUUAGUAGAAGAUGCGUACUUUAACAAUGUCACUAAGCUUAACGUCUGUGAGUUUAACGAAUGGUCAGAUCACGCACCAGUAGAAUUUACUUUGAAAUGUAUGAAUGCUAGCUUUUCCAAUAAUAGUGAUGUAAUCACGAGUGGUCCAAAUACGACACGGAAGUUCAGAUGGGACGACGAGCACGUGGAACAAAUGGAACGUGACCUCAAUGACAAAGUCAGUGAUCUGUAUAAUAUUAUCGACUUAAUACAAUCAUCUACCCUAACACUGGAUCGUGGUAUUGAGCAGUUUAAUUCUAUAUUAAAUGAUGUUUUUCAACCUUGUUCUAGAAAUGUAAAAUGUUGUAAAAAAAAUUCACCAAAUAAGAAAAGUUCUACCAACAAGGAUAAACCUUGGUUUGACGAAAAAUGUAAGCACUUGUACAACACUUAUCGUCAUUUUAUGUACAUCUUUAAUUCUGAGCGUAGCCCGGAAAACAGAUGUAAUCUGGUUGAAGCUAAAGGUGAAUAUAAACGUUAUGAACGACAGGUCAGACAUACCCGUGCUGUUUAGAGCGACCUUAUUGGUUUUCAUAGCUUGGAGUGACGGUGUUUUGGUCGAUUUUAGACGUCUCUGUCAAUCGGAGCAACAGAGUUUCGGGGUUCGAAGGGACCCCUGGCAAAAUGAUGCUAUUCACUACUGUUUUAUGACGGGCAAUCUGAAUGAGGAGUGCAAACAAAUAAACGUCACUGGAGGCAUUGACUGUGGGGAAGAAUUCUAUCUACAAGGUGGACUGCCGGACGAAACGGCUGAAUGUUGCCGCAAAUUUGAACACAGACUAACUAACUGCCAAAUUCUAACACAGACAUUUUCAUACCAAGGCGGUUUUGACAUCAUGUAUAUCAACCGCGCUCUCCGAAAAAUUAUCAGCACCCCUACAGGAAGUGACCCUACGGCUUUUCAAGUGGAGUUAUGCGACUUGGAGAAACUGGGCACAUAAGGAGGCAGCCAAACUACAACACUCUGUGUACAAGAAAAUAAAAACUUUAUUUCUUCAUGUUUUUUUUAAACAAGAGAAAUUAUUGUCUAACAGUGCAUGUGUACUUUUUCUAAUAAAUUCUAACAUUGA